AAAAGAAAAAAAGCAAAAAAAAAACGCAAAACUUUGAAUGUUCAAAAUUAUUGUUUAAAUAAUUUUUUCCUGCAUGGACAACAAAAAAUGAUUCUUGAAUGUUAUUUAAUAUUUUAAUAUUUAAUUUCUAUUAUAGAUUGAUGAUUGGGACUCCAUUAUGACAAGAAAAUCAAAGCCAAAAAUCAUCUGGUUGUCAGAAAAAAGAGAUAUAGUAAUCUACAACCCUCUAGGACACAGUAGAAGGGAUCUUAUAACAUUGACUGUGGAUAGAGCUCAGGUCAAGGUCACCAACAGGUCAACAACCCUGGGGAUUCCCCACCAGAUCUCACCUGUCUUGGUGAAUGGCAGCUUCUCCACUGAUUUCUAUGAAUUGUCCUUUGAAGUCAUCUUGCCAGCACUGUCUAUUUCCUUCAUAACCAUACAGCAAGAGGAAGAAAAUCAGAAUGAUCAGACCAGGCUGGUUCUGUUUAAAGAGCCAAUCAAAUUCUCCUCAAGUACAAGGUUACCAGGAAUUACUGUAGAAAUAGACAAAUCGCCAUAUUUCAUCAUCAGCAAUACUUAUCUGACAGCAUACUUCUAUACAUGCAAUGGGAGAUUACAGUAUAUAAAGCAGAAUUCUGCUGGAUUCAUAUGGAGGUCAGAGGUCAAGUUUGUAACCUACACUUCAGGGAAGGCAUGGUCUACACUGUUUAAAGACAAAGGAGGAGCUUACACUUUUGUCCCUGAUGGACCAGCAGAGACUUUCUCUGAACCAUUAGAAGCUUUAUUUCUUAUCGACGGACCACUGUUUUCAAGAGUUGUUACUGUUCAGCUCAGUGUGAUCCAAAGUUUUACAGUCCAUAAAACUUCUGGGCUUAUGAAUAGAGGAGUUUACAUAGAGAACAACAUUAACAUACAGAGCCUUGACAACACAGAACUGAUGAUGCGAAUAGAAUCUGAUGUAGGAGGAUCCAAAAGUGAACUGUGUGUGGAUCUAAAUGGAUUCCAGAUGCACAGAAAGGGGACAUUUACAAAGAGAGGUAUACAGGGUAACUUUUUCCCCAUGACAACCAUGGCUUCUGUUGAAAAUGAAAGCAGCAAAUUAACUCUACUUACCACAUCCUCUAGAGGAGCCGCGAGUCUGUCACCAGGCUGGCUGGAGGUGGGGCUGGACCGUAGAAUGCUACAGGACGACUGGCGGGGGCUCGGCGAGGGGGUUACAGACAAUGUCCAAACCAGGAGUUCAUUUAUGUUGAUAUUUGAGAGAAAGUCCUCAAACAAGAUAUCUAACGUUUGUUUUCCAUCAUCUCUGGUCAGCCAGCUUUCUGAUGAACUAGAGAACCCCAGUGUUGUAGCACAGACAAACUCUGUCUUCCAUGUGUAUCCACGACAACAGGCCUCAUUGAUCAAACAGACAAACUCUGUCUCCCAUGUGUAUCCACGACAACAUGUCUCAUUGAUCAAACAGAGUCUUCCUUGUAACAUUCAUCUCAUCAACUACAGGUAUACAACCUCACAUAUAGACAAGGUGGAAGAAAUGAACCAUUCCACCAUAGCUUCAUACUUGCUAGUGGUGCAUAAAAGGAAGUUUGAUUGCAACACAGCAUCAGAAAACAAUGUUUGUUCAAACCCUGAGGCUUUUAGUUUAUGGGAUUUAUUUAUGGACUGCUCAAUCAAAAAAGCAUGGGAGACAUCACUAACAGGAACUGUGAUAUUACAAGAAAUACCAAAAUAUAAGGAAGUCUCUUUUAAUGCCAUGGAAAUUAAAACUUUUAAGGUGCUUUGUCAUUAAAGUUUGCUGUCAUUAAGUUUUGCUUUUUUUCAAAUAAGGAUAACAGUUGAUUUGAUAACUGCAUGUUCCAGAGAGAGAGAGAUAGAGAGAGAGGUAUUUCAAAGCUAUACUUUUUCCCUAAAAAUCUAUUCUGUUUUUUAAUGACAAAUUGGGAAUGCACUGUAUUAGACUCGCUUCCUGGAUUAUCUGUAUUAUUAGAUGUAAAAUAGAAAUUGACUUCCUCCUCCUAGUCAUGUUGUACUAUAAAUACCUUGUUCUGUAUAUUAUACAACAAAGUCGAGUAAUGAUCAGAUAUAUAAUAGAGUCUGCCCUAAC